AUGUUAAAGUUCUACUUUCUAAUUUUAUUAUGUAUUUUUUUAAAAUAUCCUUUAUGCAUUUUAAAAGAAUUUUUUUUUGAAAAAAACAUAUUAAGAAGAAAUGAAAAUAAAAUAAAAAAUUAUGUAUAUAGUAAUAAAUCAAAUUAUCGUCAGUUGGAAGAGAAGAAAAAUAUUUAUGAUAUUGGAAAUUUAAAAAAUUUAUUAUAUUUUCAGUCGAAAUUGGAUAAAACUAUAAGAAAAAAAAAUUUAGAAGCUAAAAAAUUAAGAAAAUUGCAUAAAGCUGCUAAAAAUGGAGAUAUUAUUAAUAACAUAUCUAAUAAUGAAGAAAAGGAGAACAAUGAAGAAGAUAUAAAGGCUAAUAUAGAAAAAAAACAAAAGUAUACAGAUAUAAAAUAUUUAGACAACAAAAAAAAAGAAGAAAAAAAUAUAAAAGAAAGUCAGAUACAUUAUUCUGAUAAUGAUAGAAAUAUAGAAAAGGAUAUUUCAAAAAAUCAUUUAUCUUAUUUGAAGAAUGAUACCAUCCCAUAUGAAACAAAUGAAAAGACUAAUUUAAAUUUAACUCAGAAUGAGGAAACUUACAAGAAUAAAUUAGAUGAAGAAAUUAAUAAGACUCAAGAUGAUAAAUUUAUAAAAAGACAUGAAUAUUCCUAUAGUGUUCCAGAUUUAAAAAAAAAUAAAAAUAUUAAUAGUCAUGAAGAUACAAAUUUUAGUAAUAUACUUCAGAAUUUAGGUUUUUAUAAACCUAUAGAAGCACUAAAAAAUUAUUUUGGAUAUUUCAGAAAAAAAAAUAAUGAAAAGAAUGAAACAAAUGAAGAAAAGAAUGAAGAAAAUGAAAAAAAGAAUGAAGAAAAUGAAAAAAUGAAUGAAGCAAAUGAAAAAAAGAGUGAAGAAAAUGAAAAGAAUAAAAAAGAGAUAAAAAAUGGUCAAACUUUAACUGGGGACAAAAACCAUGGGAAUACAAACAAAGUAAGUAACCAAAAAACAGAGAAUGAAAAUCUAAAAAACGAAAAUGAUAAAGUAGAGACUAUAAAAAAGGAAAGUAAAAUACAAAUAGAUAAAGAGGAAAUAAAAAAUGGAAAAGAGCAAAUAAAAAACUUAAAUGGAGAGAAUAAUGAUGAAAAUGACGAGAUAAAAUUAUUGUCUGAAAGUAACAAAAAAAAUAGAAAAAAUGAUAUUCAUGAGCAUGUGUAUAAUAUAAUUGAAAAAAGUGCAUCAAAAAAAAAUUUUAAUUUAAGAAGAAAAGAUCUUAAAGAAUUAUUAGAUGUUAAUGAAUUAGUUAAAAAUAUAAAAUCGGUUUUAGGUAUCAAAUCAAAUAUACAUGAAAAAUUUGAACACGAAAAAUUAAUAUUAAAAGAUUGCAAUUAUGAAUCAUUUGGUCCUGAAUUUUGUAGUGUUGAUGAACAAGCAAAGGAAACAUUGUGGGAAUUUGAAAAAAAGAAAAACUCUGUCUUUUUGUUUAUAAUAUUAUUUACUUUGAUCUUCAGUUUGGCUAUCCAAAAUAUUGUUUAUUUUAUUGAAAAAAGCGUCAGAAAUUCAAAAGACCAAUUUAGAAAAGAUCUUCUUAAUACAGCAUUUAGACAAAUAUCUUUAAUAACAAUAAUUAAUUUAACAAUCUGGGGAAUACUUCAAUCAAAUAUUGCUGAAGCUUUAGAUGAAAUUAUUUUUAAUGAUAUAUUACCAAAAGAAAGAAAUGUUGAUAAAGUUCUUCAUAAUGUUGAGCCACUUUUAGAAAUAAUUUUUGAAAAAAUUCUUUUUAUUUCUAUGAAUUUUUUAGUAUGUUAUUCUAUAUUUAUAAUAAAUAUACAUUUUGUAACAAGAAAAAUAUUAAAAUGGUUUUCAGAAGCUGAUAAUUGUGAUGUUUCAAAUGUAGUAAAAGAAAUGAAAGAUUCCAAAAGAACAUGUUUUUCUAAUUUUUUUUUUUUUAAGAAUGUAAGAAAUUCUAAAUAUUUAGCCCACAGAUAUGAUUUUUCUGAAAAUGUUGAUGCUAUAAGUAUUCCUGGUCUAGAUCCCAAUGGAUAUUACUACUAUGAGUAUAUGAGAGCUUGUUUACUAAAAUACAAUGUCAAAUUAAUAAGAAUUCCAAAUGCCGUUAUAUUAUUUUUAAUAUUUAUAUGUAUUUCUUUAAGACCAUUUUUUAAUAUAAGAUUAAAAGCAGAAGUUAUUUUUUUAAAUACUUUAUCAGUUAUUUGUAUUUUGGGAUUGAUACUUUUAUUUUUUUACUUGUAUAACAUAGAUAAAAAGUUAUUACCAAAAGACAUUUCAAAAUAUUUACUAAGUAGAUAUCAUAUUGAAACAUCUGAACAAAGUAAAAAAGAUAUUAUCCCUUUUUAUAAAUUAACAAAACAAAAAUCUAUAUAUCCCUCUACAUUAAACUAUUUUUUUUUUAAAACAACAUUUCCAAACAAACAUGAACAAUUAUUUUAUUUUUGGGGAAAUGGGCCACCUCUAAUUAAUUUUAUUUUUCAAACAUUGUGUUUUUGCUUUUUAAUUAUAUUAUCAUGUUGGAUAUUCUUAUUGAGAGUAGAUAAUAUAACUUGGUUUCAAUUAUAUAGUUAUGGAAGUAUUUCCAUAUGUUUAUGUAUUUUAGUUUUUUUCUAUAUCCUAAAACAUAUAAUUUAUUAUAAUAUUAUGAUAAGCAAAACUGGUUAUUUAAUUGAUACAAAAUUAUUAGAAAAAGUAUGGGAGUUUGAAAGAUCAGACAACAUAAAAAGAAUAUCAGAAUUUAUUGAUGCUAUAAAAAUAAAGUCUACUUUGCAUGCUUUAAAAGAAGGAGGAGAAGUAUUUUGGAGACAACUAUUAAUUAAAUCAAAUACAGUACCAUCAAAUAUACAGGAAAAAAUGUUUAGUAUAUGGGUAGGGUUAGAUGAAGAAAAUAGAGGUAUUAUUGAUUCAGCAAAAAUCUUAAAAUUUUUGAAAUCACAAGGAAUUAAUUUAACUUCAGAAAAUGACAUUAAGGAAUUCUUGGAAGUAUUUGAUAGAAAUAAUAAAAAUGGAUUAAAUCAAGAAGAAUUUUUUGUUCUUAUUAUUAUAGUCAAACAAAUAUUAGUUGAACUAUUAGAUAUUAAUGCUGUUCAAUCAUUAUUUGAAGAAGUCUACGGUAUCCCAUGGAAAUCUUUAUCAGCUAUUGAUGUAAACAGUUUAAAAAAAAUAUUAUCAGAAUUAAAUUUGAAAUGGCCACACGGAAAAGUAAGAAAUUUGAUUGACUUUGUUUGCGAAAAUAAGAAAACAAAAUAUGUGAGUGCUGAAUAUUUUAUUAAGCAAUUGAUAAAUAUUGAAGAAGUAACAUUACAACCAUUUCACUCUCCAUCAGACACAAAAUAA